CUACGCUCCAGGCGGAGCCAUCCUAUCAUAUAUUCCAUCUUUAUUUUUCUCACUUUCCAGUCUAUGGAUGGGUUUAUGAGAAGAGACAAUGCCAAUUGCGGCUCUUCCCCAGACCACGGUUCGGGCCAUUGGCUCGACAUCGGUUAUUUCCGACCCUUGCUCAAUUGUUAAAGAGUUGCUGGACAACGCUUUGGACGCAUCGGCGUCUUCGGUAUCUAUUGAAAUAUCUCAGAAUACUGUUGAUGUGAUUCAAGUCAAGGAUAAUGGGCACGGAAUCCCCUCCCCCGACCAAGGACUCGUUUGCCGGCGUUCGUUCACCAGCAAGAUCCUGACGCUGGACGACCUAAUGAAAAUUGGGGGUAAAUCGCUAGGGUUUCGGGGUGAAGCACUGGCUAGUGCGGCUGAAGGGUCAGGGAGUUUGACGAUCAGUACUAGAGUGGAAACGGACGUCGUUGGCUCUGCUCUAAAGUAUGGGAGGAAUGGGGAGCUAACCAGUACACAGCGAGUUGCUCAUCCUGUUGGCACCACUAUUCGCCUCACGGAGCUGUUCAAGCACAUUCCUGUUCGGCGGCAAACUGCCCUGAAAAGCUCUUCAAAAGCGAUAGUGAGAAUUCGCAAGAUGAUACAGUCAUAUGCCAUGUCUCGUCCACAGAAUCGGCUGUCCCUGAAAAUCCUGAAAGCUAAUAACGACAAUAGCGACUGGGUGUAUGCCCCCAGCCAGGACGCUGGGCUCAUAGAUGCCACAAUGAAAAUUGUUGGCACCGAGGUUGCUUCCACUUGUACUCUGAAGGAAUGGCCCGCCUUGUCAGGUUCGGGUUCUGGGCUAUGUCAAGAGGACACCAACCCAGGAUUCAGAGUGGUUGCUCUUCUUCCCAACGUUGAUGCCGAUAUCACCAAGUUUAACAAUUUAGGUCAAUAUAUCAGUGUUGACUACAGGCCUUUGUCGACUAAUAGGGGAAUUGCUCAAAACAUCCUGAAGCUUUACAAAUCUUACCUCCGAUCAGCUGCGUCCCAGGGGGGAGUACUCCCAACUCUCACAGACCCUUUUCUUUGCCUUCAUAUGCAGUGUCCCGAGGCCAGCUAUGAUGUUAAUGUGGAGCCGGCUAAAGAUGACGUGUUGUUCAAGGACCCAGACGUCGUACUUUCCUUGGUAGAAGAUCUUUUUCGAAAUACUUACGGCGAGAGGAUCGAAACGAUCGGAUCGGAUCUGUCUGUGGCUGCAAAAGGGACGACAGUGUCGCCUUCCGAUGGGACCGAGUUGCGUCGGUGGGGAAAUGAACCACAUGAGCACAUCCAAAGAAUCGAGGAUGCGAGUACGGUCUCUCAGCGAAAGCGCACGGAGCCUGUCGUGUCACUCGUGCGCCAGAAAUUACCUCCCAACCGUUCUGUGAACAAAGCUUGGCCGAGAACUAAGCAUGUACCAUCCGAGCAACAGACAAGCCGGAGGCCUCCUACCUCGCCUAAUUCGUCCUCCGCGUGUGGUCCAGCCGACAGGACUGGGGAACCAGCAUUCCGUCAUGAAGCAUCAUCUCCUAUGCAACCCCAAGAGACAGAGACUGCUGGCGAAAGACGCAUAAGUCUACGCCAAGCCACCCAGGCACACGCCUCGGGUUCCUUUCUGCCCAGUCCUGUAUCCAGCACCAAUUCUCAAUCGAUCGCAGGCUCUUUGGCUAACUCCCCUACUUCCACCCGACUUACGCCUUUAGACCGAUCCCGCCGUGCACUACAGGACCAAAGAAGGCGCGAUCGAGAACGCUACGGCAACGGGGCCUUGGAUACCUGGUUCUUGAAGACUUCACAAGCCAUCCGCAAGGCAGCUACCACUGUAGGUGCAGCAGCCGCAGGAGACGGAGAAGAAGAGCAUUCUCUGUCCCUGCUUACCCAACAACGCUUCGGGUCCGUCGAAGAUGGGCAGGACUCUGCAUCUCCCGAGAAUACAAGUGAAUCACCACUCGAGCAGACUUUGGCAAGAUCCAACUCCCCACAGAUUACCAACGAAUCAACCAGGGACAAGCGUCAGGAACUCCCAGUUCUUGAAAAGUGGUCUGCCAGACUACAUAGUAUGUCAAAUCCCAGCCAGAACGCCGAGCUCGAAAAAGCACUCGAGUUCGAGAACAGGAAAAGGGCCGCGAUCCAGGAAAGGCGCAAGCAAGUGAACGGCCUGCGCCAAAAUUCUAAUAACCAUACAAACUCAUCGCCGCAUUUAAGCCGGUACCUCGCCGCUCGCGCGGCCUUAAGUUCGCAGGCUGAACCAGAACCAUCAAGCCGCCAGGAAUCUAUAAACUCGCCAGGUUCACUGCAACCGCCUUUGAACCCGGGCGACCCCAGGGCAUAUUUACUGCGUCUUCAAUCCCACGGUGCAGACGCGCGGAGUGCUUCGAGUCUGACCCGCAUUAGCACGAACAAAUUACCCCUUGAGAAAAUACCGCAAGGGUGUGAACUCUACCAUAUAGGACUUAGGCAGGUCGCACAUGUGUCCUUAUUAUCCGCCUCUUUCAGCGAAGCGUCAAAGGCGGAUUUAUAUACAUGCGGGGAUGGAAUGUCAGUCGAUACCAAUGCUGCUACUGUUGAUCUUUGGGGUCGGCGAUUGUCUACCUUGAUUGAAGGGCAAUAUAGAACUGGUCAAGGGUCUCAGGUUCCUCGAAUCAAGUUUGAUUUCUCUAAUCUAGCCCAGCUUUCGGGGGAUAUACAACGGGAUGGUGAUUCCGCAUGAGCAUUUAUCUUUUCGGUGUUUUCCUUUCUUCCACAUACCCAGGGACGGAGUCAUGCGUAGGUCGGGUUCAUUUAUUUAUGUAUAUUACCCUUGUUAUACUAUUCAGCAGUUACUGGAGGAUCACAUACUGUGUUCUAACCCCCAG